AUGCACAGAUCUGGAUGGCUCCUGUUGUCGUUGUGUGCCGGCUCUCUGGUGACCCACAGUGGUGCGCUCGGGAAUCGCAAGCUGUGCGGGAUUCAGCUCGUGGAGGCGCUGCUGGUUGUCUGUGGUGAAAAGGGUCUCUUCUACCAACCUGGCAGGCGUGUCAGAGAACACCAUUUCCGCAUCAUGUUGAGGAACAGCGCCCCCUUCCUGCGGCAGACUGCAGUGGCUGCUCAGAGUGGAGAGAGAGGCACUGACAGAAGCAGUGUUGCAAAGAGAGGAAUUGUAGAGCAGUGCUGCCAUUUCUUCUGUGACUAUUAUGACCUGGAGAAUUACUGUAACAUAUAG